AGGUACCGAAUUUAUCGUCUAACAUAUACCGUUUUAAUUGUAACGGCCACUUCUUUUGUAGCAUAAGCCGGCUGGCCCUGCGAUUUCUGAGACAUACGCCAAAUCAAACCCUAAUGAUCUCUGCGUGCACUUCCCGCUUCCAUUCCAUGCCUUCUUCUGCAAUCGCCAAAAGAGGUGAGCAACCCUAAGCCUACUCUGGCGAUCGGGGAACAAGGCCUUUCAGUGUUCGAGAGCCAUGGCGAGGCUUCUCCGUCACGCUUCUUUAAGGCGAACGCUAUGCGCAUUAGAGAUACAUGGAGAUGGAACUGGAGCAUCUUCUUUCCAAUUUUGCAAAUUUUCCUCUCAAGCUAAAAAAAAGUCCAAGUUAGAUGUAUCUGACUGUGGCAAAGAAAACCAGUCUAAGAAAGACUUGGCUUUACAGCAAGCAUUGGAUCAGAUUACAGCUUCAUUUGGGAAGGGCUCAAUCAUGUGGCUUGGUCGUUCUCAUGCUCCUAGUGAAGUUCCUGUUAUAUCUACAGGAUCUUUUUUGUUGGAUAUGGCACUGGGAAUUGGUGGUCUGCCUAAGGGGCGUGUUGUGGAGAUAUAUGGUCCAGAGGCUUCGGGAAAAACAACACUAGCCCUUCAUGUAAUUGCAGAAUCUCAGAAGAAUGGAGGGUACUGUGCUUUCAUAGAUGCAGAGCAUGCUCUCGAUCCGGCAAUGGCAAAGGCUAUUGGUGUAAAUACUCAUAAUUUGCUAUUGUCACAGCCAGAUUGUGGUGAGCAGGCACUUAGUCUUGUUGACACUCUUAUUAGGAGUGGUUCAGUUGAUGUUGUGGUUGUGGACAGUGUGGCUGCCCUUGUGCCCAAAGCUGAACUUGACGGCGAGAUGGGAGAUGCUCAUGUGGCCCUCCAAGCAAGGUUGAUGAGCCAAGCUCUGCGCAAGUUGAGUCAUUCGUUGUCACGGUCACAGGCAAUUUUGUUGUUUGUUAAUCAGAUUAGAGCAAAGAUGAGCACAUUUGGUGGGUUUGGAGUAACACAAGAAGUUACCUCGGGUGGCAAUGCCUUGAAAUUUUACGCAUCUGUUCGCCUGAACAUCAAACAGAUUGGCUUUGUCGAAAAAGACAAGGAGAUUAUUGGGCGCAAAGUCUCCGUGAAGAUAGUGAAGAAUAAGCAUGCCCCUCCAUUUAGAACAGCUGAAUUUGAGCUUGAGUUCGGCAAGGGGAUCCGCCGUGAGUCCGAGUUACUUGAACUAGGACUGAAGCACAACUUUGUUACCAAAAGUGGUCUGUCUAUGUAUGGUUUCAAUGGACAAAACUUCAGAGGAAAAGAUGCUAUUAAACACCAUCUGUUGGAGAAUGAAGCAGAUAGGGAAGACCUAAUUACAAAGCUGCGACAGAAGAUUUUGCACGAUGAGGCUGUCAAGAAGGUUGAUCCUGACAUCAACACUCAAAAUAGGGAGGAGUCGGAAGAGGUCACCUCUGAUACAACUGAUGAGGAAAUUGUUGUUGAUGCUUGAUGUCUCAUUGUUAUAUAGUUUGAUGCCAUGGUAAGCUUUAUUGCCCAAUCAGAAAGAUAGGCAUUUUAGUAAAACCAGGAUUUGUGGGGACAUGUCACGUACCUCUACCGUCCUUUGUAAAGAAUUGUUGAGCAUUUAGUUCUCAAAAACUUCCAAAGAUAUAUUGGCCCUGAAAGGGUUAUCUAGCAAGUUGAUCUGUCUUUGAGAUUACGUAAUGACCAAUUAUGUAUUUUCCAUUUCUUUGACAACUCAUGUUUAUGUUCCUUA